UGUAAACAAAGUUCUUAAUAUUUGCCAAGCAGUCUGAUGUGUAAAGACCUUUCAAGUCGAAUAAUUUGUAAACGCUAUUUAGUACGAAAUCUACGAGUUCAAUAAGGAAGGAUGCCAAACCACGAAUUAAACCAUGAACCUGUUUGUAUCAGCGAUUUUGAAACUUUUGCCAGGCGACAUUUACCGAAGGGUGCAUUUAGUUAUUAUGCAUCAGCAGCGAAUGACAUGCAGACGCUUGGUGAAUCAACAGCAGCUUUUAAAAGGUAAGGUGGUCGGUGAAUAUCUAAAUUGGGUUGGACAACCUCUGCAUUAAACAGCCUAUUGAGACCUUGCAGUUCAGUACAAGCUAAAAUAAAUUAGAUAAUAUCUUCGGCCACAUUUUGUAUUCGCAAUUCACACAUUUUACCAAUUAAAGAGAUUUGAUAACGCUAGCGACAUUGAAAUUGCUUCUGAUUGACCAGCCAAAUAACAUUUUGCCAUUUUAGCUUCUUGCAGCAGCAAGUAAUUGGCAAUAAAAACUUCAGUUUAAGUUUAAUCGUAAAUCAACAAUUUUCAUUGAUGCUCUGUGUAAUAUACUAUUAUAUGUCGAACGCGAACAGAUAAAGCAUUGUUGUGUAUAAGACUAGUAUACAAUAUUAUUGCACAAGUCGUUGCACAUGGACGAUUCAAUUAUAUACAAUAAGCUAAUAUCUUCGAAUAAAUUGAAUAAAUAUAAUUGAAUUGUCAAGCUACUUUAUACUAAAACUGUCUGUACCAGUGUAGGUCGUACCAAUGUAGAAAUGCUGUGCUGAGUGGUUAUAUUAUUACCUUAAAAAAUAAUAAAUAAUUAAGAGUUUCUGCUUAUUUUUUAAGGUAGUAAUAUAACCACUCCGCACAGCAUUUCAAGCUACUUUAGCUUUUCGACACGGAGAGAGAGACAUAUUUAUUACAUGGACACACUAAAUGACGUUUUCGUUUUAUUUAUGUAUUGUCGAGCUAUUAUAUUUCAAAUGCAAAGCACAUACAUUCUAUCUCGGGCUGCCGAGUUACCCGGGCAACGUAAUACAUGGUAAAAUAUUCAUCUCGCCUCGGUGAUAUAUCCCGCCUCUUUCUGCACGGAACUCGAGUUACUUCCCUGCAUCAUGUAGUCUAAGCAGUUACCCUGGAUUUCAAUACUACAAGUUUCUAUAAUAGCCGGGAUCUCGCCGUGGCCGAGUAACUCGCCUUCAUAUAAACAGCCCUCAGUCUACUAAUAUUGGGUUCCGCACCUCCGCUUUAAAUCAAGGCCCAUUUCCACUAAAGAAAAUUUUCCACGGACAGAAAAUUUUCCGAAAAUGUCAUUGUUAAAAGUUGAAAAUUUUCAACGGCCAAUCAUAUUUCACAAAAUUUUCCGCGGAAAAUGAGCCUUCUCUCUCUCUUUGGAAGAACUUCAAAGUAGCAAUAUUUAAUAGAGCAGAUAUUUAUGAACUCGUGCCAGUGCUGGUGGGGGCAGUGCCAAAAACACUGGAGAACUGUAGAGAACUGCCACGUAGAGUUGUCUGUUUCGAAAGUCAGUUUUGAUAGCGGACUAUACAAUGCUGCUCAUGCAAUGUGUGAAACUAUUCGUUUUCUGGUUAAAUUAAACAAUUAUUUAGUCUAAUUCACUUUGUGUUCACAUUUACAAUCUAUAAAUCGUAGUCUGACUCCUAUACUAUUGCUUGGUAUUAUAAUGUAUGUUUGACAUAAUGAUCGCAUGUAUUAUAAAAUUUCGUAAUUGUAAUUUGUAACUUGUAACUUUCUAACUAGUUACAAAAAUUUUUUAAGUAACUUUGCUCCAAUGUAACAUGUAUCAGUAUAACUAUAGUUACUUUUCUGAUAAUGCAACUUUAAGUAUUUACAAAAAUUGUGGAACAUUAACAGCACUGUGUAAAAUUAUUUCUAUUAGACUACGGCUUCUACCACGCGUUUUGCGAAAUGUGUCUUCCAUUGAUAUGUCAACAUCGAUUCUUGGUGAGAAAAUAGAAGUUCCGUUUUGUGUCGCACCAACUGCCAUGCACAAAUUGGCACAUCCAGAGGGUGAACUGGCCACAGCAAGAGGUUGGUAUAAACUUAAUAAAGUGGUACGUGCAGUCUACAUCGCUCAUCUCAAAACUAGGACGAUGCAUUUGCUUGUGUCAACUGGUAUGCAAAUGAAGUCGAUAGCGGGGAACAAGGGGAGGCGAGGGGGGGGGGGUGUGUUUUCGGCCAUUCACAGAAGUUGUUUACAUAUUGGUUCAGGCCAAUCGGAUUGCGUGAAAUCGUGAUUGCUGGUGUUUUUGUUUUGUCGCUUCGUUUUGAAAUUAUUUGCAUUUAAAGAACGACUUCCAAAACGCAAAAAUCUCGCAUUAUGCUUCCAGUUAUAGCGGGGUCUCUGGCCAAGUUUGUCAAGAAAAAAUGCGACGUCUGAAACCACGUCCGUAAUUAGAAACGUCGAAUUUAAUUGUUUCAGACUCAAAUCUUGCGUAUCUGCCCAAUCCAAGCUAUUGAAACUAUGAGAUUGAUUUAUAACGCCCUUAUACAGCCAUAUUUUGAUUACUGUUCUCCCCUAUGGGAUAAUUGUUGUGCUUAUUUAAAGGAAAAACUUCAAAAAUUUUAAAAUCGCGCGGCUAGAAUAAUUGCCGGUGCUAGUUAUAAAAUUCCAUCGGCUGACGUUCUUGAAACUCUUGGUUGGGAAGCACUAGAAGUGAGACGUAAAAGGAAUAAAACAAUCUUAUGUAUCGAAUUUUAAAUAAUCAAGGUGCGUCGAGUUUGAAAGAAUCGUUCACUAGGAUUAGUGCUCUGGAAAUUAAUUAUAAUCUUAGAAAUUCGAGUACUUGGUUCUCCCACAUCCCAAAAGAGAAUUCCUCAAAAAUAGCUUUAAAUUUAGCGGGGCGAAACUUUGGAAUAGCCUCCCUUUGCAAGCAAAACUAGCUCAAUCUGAAUAUACCUUUAAAAUGAAUAUUAAUAGUCUUGAUACAUAACUUACUUAUUUCUUCGUAAUCUUGUAAAUAUCAUGUAAAUAUUCUUGUAAAUAACUUUAUUUAUUCAAGUGUGUUCCGACGCCUCUCAUGGAAACCAGCUUGUAGCUGAUGAGGCUGGCGUCGUUUUUUUUCCUUUUUGCUUUUAAAUAAAAGUUUACAUACAUACAUACAUACAUACAAUUCGACACAUACAAAAUGCGACGUUCGAAACCGGCCUAAGAGAUCGGUUCGUUUCAAUCGAUGUUCUUUUCUUCAAAAAAAAAAAAAUGUACAGUACCUAAUGACAGCUUUACAGACACUCAAAAAAUCGAUUAAAGCCGGGCAUAUAAAGUUGACUAAAUUUCUCAUUACAGCCAGUUCUCGCAUGGGAACAUGCAUGGCGCUGAGCUGUUGGUCAACAACUAGCCUAGAAGAUGUCGCUUCAAGCUGUAACGGACUGAAAUGGUUUGUACUGGACCCUAUUACAAAUCGUGAUAUUAUGGCAAACAUUAUCAAACGUGCCGAGGCCACUGGGUAUAAAGCAAUCGUGUUGACUGUCGACAUACCUGUCGUGGGCAAACGAUACGAUGGUUUCGGAGGCGUGAUUGGCGCCUCCCAUUUUCCUAAUGUGAAAGAAGCAUUCGAACGAGAAAAUGUGGCAAAUGUCACCCCCGAUACUGCAAAUAGAAUUCACAACUCAUUUGUAACAUGGGACGUCCUGAUUCCUUGGGUAAAGUCGGUGACGUCAUUGCCUGUGGUAUUAAAAGGUAUACUUGUCGUUGAUGAUGCGAAUUUGGCAGUGACGUAUGGUGCUGAUGGUAUCAUUGUUUCAAACCAUGGUGGACGACAGUUAGAUGGUGCUCCAGCGACGGUAUAGCCACACGUUUUUGCAUCCUUAUCUUACUGUAGCUCUCAUAAUCUUGUCCCAAAAUUGAUUAAUUUUUUGACCAAUUAUUGCUUAACCUUGGUCACAUAUAGCGAGAGUUGAAACCUGGUGUAUCUGCUCAUCGGAAUGUUACGUCACGCGUCACGAUUUUGACAACCAUUAGACAUCGUGUAUCCUCUAUUCAGAUGUACACGUUCCCAAGCCAAAAUGGUGGAAGUCAAACUUGGCAAAGUUUGAAAAGAAGUGACGGACUCUCUGACACGUUUUUUAAAUGCGUCUCUUAAUAGUCAAAGAUACAUAAAUAAACGACUUGCCUUAUUUUACACAAUUGUUGAAAACAGAACUACCUUUUUAGAUAGAAGUCUUACCAGAAAUAGUGUCUGCCGUCGGCAACGACAUCGAGGUUUAUAUGGAUGGAGGUGUUAGAUCUGGUUCUGAUAUUUUCAAAGCUUUGGCUCUGGGAGCAAGAGCAGUCUUUGUAGGGAGGCCGAUCGUGUGGGGUUUGGCCUAUCAGGUAUGAAAUACAGGUCGGAGGGGAAUAUUCUACGCGAAUAAAUUACUCCGCACGCGAGUGCAUAAAGCAAAAUUCAUGUAUUUAUUUAAACACACUUAAUAAGUUUUUAUUUUACAAGUACAGUACAACAACAGUAAUAUGAUCUACUAGCAAUUCGAUUUCAAUUCCCAGAGGCCUAAAAUGUGGAUUUCUUAGGAAAUUCCGAGGUUGUGUUUUGUAUAUACACCCUGUAUUUUUUUUAUACACCCUGUACAUUAGUACAAUAGACCUUUAUAACGUUUUUUUAGUUGAUUUAAAAUUUUAUGUCUGAUAUUUCUUUGAAUAUAAUUUGGGGUUGAGGAAUGAAACCCGACGUAUUUUUUCUCUUCCCGUUAAAGGGGGAGGAAGGAGCCUUCAAAGUUCUAAAUAUCUUUAAGGAAGAACUCAAAAUAACAAUGGCACUUUGUGGUAAGGUUAUGAUAUUAAUAUUAUGUGCAUUGGUCAGUCAGAUGCACUCUAUCAAUUGCGCAUGCGCAAUAGCCUGUUGGGAAAUCCGCUCAACAAUGACUGAGAAACUCAAUGUUUAAACAAUGUAUGUAUUUGUGUCCAGGAUAUUCAACUUGCAAAGCGCAGAAGAUAGAAGAAAAUACUUUCAUCUUCUCCAUGUCUAUAACAUCCGCAAAUACCUCAAUAGGUACUCAACUUCAGUUUUAACACUCAAACGUGCGUCAUAACAUUUUGCGAAAUAGAAUUUUAAUGUCUUUGAUUUUUGACAAUGGUAAACCUGCUCAUAAAUUUGAGUAAUUUCACUCAAAAUUCGAGUCACAGCAUGUGAGUGGAUUAUCUAACCACAAUACUCAUGCAGGAACUUUUUGCAGUCAACUAUACCAAUUCAUUUUAUGUGAUAUAUAUCUUUCCAGCUACCGCUAUUUUUUAGAGGUAUGUUAUUUUUAGCAAUUUGUAGAGGGGUUAAAAAGUUCGAACGUUACUUUCGGGAGUUAUUAGUUUUGCCCAAUCCAGAAUUUUAGCGAACGUUAUUCGUAUUCUCGAUAAAACAUUGAAAGUUUGGUUGCUAUGAGUAUAUUUUGUUCUUUUAAUAAGGUUGUCCAAGAUUAAAAGAUAUUCUCAAUGAAAUGGUUGUCCACGAAUCGUUGUAUCGGUCAAAGUUAUGAAUCUAUUUUUACAGAAAUUGAAGAAAAUUUGACAUUUACGUCGACCAUAUAAAUGGCGCCCCCAUUUUCAGAAGGCUGCUACUUUAAGGUGCUCAAUUAAUUUGAUGAAAAUGUAAAACAAUGUUACGAAAAACUGAGCAGAAUAAAAUAUAUGGC